AUGGUUCCAAGCGGCUCAUCCAGCCCUGCCGAAAUUUACGAGGGGAACCCCGACUCCGCGAAGGAAUUCGAGAGGCUUUUCGAUCCCAUAUCGCAGCGUGACUUCCUGAGGCUGUGCGUCCAGUGCCUCCACAUGGCCGAGAGGGGCGUCGGCAAGCCGACGAAGCCCUAUGGCGCCGUCGACGAACAGCUGCGCAUUUACGUGAACACCACGUUCGCCGAAGUCCUGCAAGCGUCGAGCGAAGAGAAGAUGGCGCGCCUCGCCUCCAAGCUGCCGGAGGUCGACGUGCACCUGCUCGUCACCGUAGUUCAGGCCGAAGGUCUCGUGGCCAGAGACGUGAGCGGAAAGUCCGAUCCAUACUGCGUCCUGCGCAUCGGUAGCUCGGAAGCGCAGCUGACCAGCGUCAAGAACAGGACAGUUUGCCCCAUGUGGGAUGAGAACUUCCGCAUCCGCGUGUCGGACUCGGGUUCGGACGCCUUUCAGCUGGCCGUUUGGGACAAGGACCCGCGGACAGUGUGUGGCGUGUUCCGGGAGCUCCGGGACGUGCGUUCGUGCUUCUCGUGCCUGCACUUCCUGAGGGAGUUGUUCGAGACCGUGUGCUCCUUCGACGGCGCCGACGACUUCAUGGGUGCGGCGUCGCUCUUCGUCAACGAGAUCCCCUGCACCGGCUGCGAACAGUGGCUCCGUCUCGCGGAUGCGGGUGGUCGGGGAGCGUACGGCCGCGUUUACGUGAGGUUCGGCUUCGAGUGCAAGGCCGAGAAGCGGUUCGACCGCCAGACGGUGCUACGAUAUCACUACUACCUGUGCCUCAUUUUCUUGUUGCAACAGGCGUCGACGGCGGCCGAAGGUUUGACUCUCACGUGGAUCCAGUGGGAGCAGUGCCUCGCGGAAGAAGGCCUGACCUUACUUUUUCGCCACUCGCAGUACCAAAACCUCUCUUGCCUGGAGCAGCAGCUGUGCCAGAUAACGGCACUGGCGAACGUCGUCAGGUCUAAAAUGACGAGACUGAACUUUUCUGCGCUGUAUCAGUUGUUGGCGCAAAUCAGAACUUCGAUCAAGGAAACGCAGGAACAGCUCAUCGUUAAUUAUUUGGAGGUAGUCGUCAAGUCUCUGACGGAUCCCUGUCUGGAACGCUUGGCUAGGCUGCAUGAAAACUUUACUUUUGCGAAGAAGUACCAUCGUAUUGAUUUGCUCGGCUUACUCUUUUGCUGCGUUACGAUUGAAGCGCUCGUGGAGACCGAAGUCACGGACCCUGCUGGCGUAGAAAUACAGAAGGAUGCUCAUGCGUGGUAUCAAGGCCUGCUGACACAAGAAGGUUCACUCGACCAUGAUUCGAUCACGCAUAUUGUCACGCGGAUACUUUCCACCAUAGAGGCCUAUCACCAAGAGGCCGAUCGUAUUUUUAAGUCUGCCUGGAACGAAACAUACACUCAGAUCGUGUUCAAGGAACUAGACACCUUCAUUUGCCAAGCUUUUGAGACAAGAGUGACGAAUUUCAGCACCUCGCUUGUCGAUAAACCAGCUGACGACGUCUCCCGCUCGAAGGCGGUGGAGGAGAGCUUGCAGCUUUUUUAUAUCUUUCAGCGAUUCCGCAAGAAGGUCUCCAGUGCACUGGUAUCCAGUAGUUAUCCCAUGCGAAUGGACAAGCUCCAAGACUGGUUCGGCUUUGACCUGGUAUUACUUUGGUUCGAUCUGGCGAAAAGUCCCGUCUCGGGGUGGAUAUCUGAUCUCGUGGACAAGGAUGAUAUGUCCCCGCUCGCCCGCGACAUCAAGUACGGCUCGGCCGUUCGAGAUACAGUCGACAUUCUGCACAGCCGCUACGUUGAACUCUGGCGAAAACUAGACUUUCUCGAUUUUCGCUGCGUACGCGCCUUCACCACGGCAGUGGCGGAAGAUUGCUCGCAUUUCGUGCGCACCCUUUCGGGCCGUGUUGAGUCUGCCGGCUACUUUGACGUCGUCGGCGAGUUUGAAGUGUCAUCUCAGCUCUGCGUGGCCGUAAGCAGCUUUGCGCGCAUCGCGUCCUUCUUGCAAGAGACCAUCACGGAAGUGGACUCCGUGUGCCUGAACGACUGCGGUGAUAUCACCGAAAGAGCCAGUGAAGCUCGUUUCCCGCUGGAACAAGCUUUGGACACGUCCUUGAUCGCCAUGUCUCGCGUCUGCUCCGAAGCGGUCGACAGACUCGGACCGGAGCUCCGGAAGAGGAUGUCCCGGGUCUGCGAUGCAAGCUCGAGGCACUUGCAAGACCGCGCGCUUCACGACCUCGUGCAGUACGUCGAUGCCUGCAUAGGAACUCUUCACGACCACCUGGACGACAUUGCAUUCCGAAAGAUGCUCCGUCUCCUGUGGAGGUGCAGCGUCAGCUCGAUCAGGGAAGAAGCCUCACUGGUUCAGGAGAAUUACUUGUAUCGUUUCACAACUGCGUCUCUGAGCUUUGUGGGUUUGCAGAGGGCACUUUUUCAGCUGAAAGAUGUGUUUCAUGCCGGAGGCGCAGGUCUGUCUUUGGUAGAACUGAACGUCAAGAAUUAUGCUGCCCUAGACGAAAAGCUGAACGAACUAGUCCGGGCGUUAGAAGAGCACAACGGUGAUUUAUCUAAAAAUGGUGGGGCUAUUAUCGUAUGA